AUGAUAAAAUCUGAUGAUUUAAAUGGAUCAAUUGAUAAAUCAGGUGAUUAUAACAGCUUUUACAUUGGAAACAUAUUCAGUGAAAUUCAAGAUGAAAUAAAAAAUUCAUGUAAUAAUGAAAAUGUAGAAAAAAAAAAUAUUCCAGAAUAUGAAAAAGCAAUAAAUAAAAUAGGUAAAGAAAAUAACAUCAUUAACAAAAUAAAUAUAGAAGAAUAUAUAAAUUUUAUAAAUGAUAAAAAAAAUGAAUACAAAAAAAAGAAAAAGGAAUAUGUUAUUGAAUAUAUUAAUAAAAGGAGAAUAAAAAAAUUUCACUAUAAAGAUAUGGAAACAUUAUUUAAAAAAUAUUCUCAAUUUUUGGAUUUUGAAGAAAAGUGUUUAUUAUGCAAUAAUUAUUUAUCAUUAUCAUUUCUAUAUUUUAAUAAACAUUUAAAUGAAAAACAAAAUAACAAAAGAAUAGUUAAAUAUAAAUAUGAAAAUAUUUUAAAUUUUUGUGUGUGUUUAGAAAAAAUUGAAUAUUCAAAGCAAUAUAUAAGUGAUAAAAAAGAUUAUAGUUACAUUGACAUGACUCACUUAUUUAAACAAAACGCAUCAUUUUCCAUUAAUAUUAAAAAAAAUAUUAUUAUAAAAGAAUUUAUUAAAAAUGUGAAAUUUACAGAAUUUUAUAAACAUAAUUCCUAUAAUGGCAAUUAUUAUAAUACAUUUCCAAUAAAAAAAAAUUAUAAUAUAGAUACAAAAUAUAUAAAUAUAUGUAAAUAUAUCGAAAAACCCAAAUUAACAAUUGAAGACGUAAAAUCAUUAAAUAGUCACACAGAAAAUUUCACUCCUGUUUUUAAAAUUCAUAAUGCUAAUAUCCUUUUAACGACAGUUGAAAAAAAACUAUUAAUAGAGUGUCUAAAAGUCAUUAAAAAGAUAUAUUUUUAUAAUAAAAUUGAUAAAUUGACUGUAAUCAUUUUUUGCUAUUUAAAUAAUUUAUAUAACAUUGUUAUGAGGUUAAAUGCAGAAUGUAUCUUGUGUUGUUAUUCACAAAAGCAUUUUGAAUUUUUCUUAUACUAUUUCUUUCAAAAGAACAGGCUUCCUGUUAAAAGAAUGAAAAUGUUAGCUAUGAAAAUUUACAAAAAUGAGGGUGGACAUGAUAGUAAAAAUGAAGAUGAAGAUUUCUAA